AUCUGUGUUCAUUACAAAUAGCAUUUAAUGAAUGCUGCCACUCCGGGAAUAAGAGUUGAUAAGCUGCAAUAUAUAGGCCUAUAACUCGACCAAAACGUGUAGCCUACAUUUAAAAUGGCUUUACAAUUUCAAAACAGCAGUCGCUUCUUCGAGCUCCACUGCUCUACAGGUUUGACUGACUGGGACAUGGAUGAGGAGAUGAAGUUGACCACCACAACAGAUCAGUUUUUUCAAGAUGAGAAGCUGAACGACCAAUACCUCGCCCAGUGGCAUUAUGCAAGGAUAUCCCGCAGGAAAAACAAAUAUGUCCAUGAUCAGAAAUCGGAAUCCUUCGUGAAGUCAAACCUGUGGCUGAUGGUGAAUCCCAACUUGGCCUGCCCAAUUAAAUACAUGAAACGAUCAGUACAUGUACCUUCAGUUGUCAACGUCCCUGUAGAACUGAAAACGCCCCGACAUGCCACCGAACGCCCUGAUCACAGCACGCUCUGCACUUCAUCGGCUGCGGCUCCCUCCUGCCGUGCGCGAUGCGCGCACGCUUCCUCAUCCACCACCGGCUUCAUGCUUGGAGAUGAAGAGAAGGCAGUUUUGUUGGAUAGUCCGUUGUAUCGAAAGGGGCCAAGCCGACGAAAGGCACGGAUCGCAAAAGACAAAAAAUCCCUGAAGAUGGGCGGCUGGCCACGCCCACCUGUCAACUACUGUAUUCUCAUCGCCAUGGCACUGAGUAGCAGCCACACAGGGAGCCUGAAUGUCCAGCAGAUUUACAACUUCACAAGGGAGCACUUUCCAUUCUUCCAGACAGCCCCCGACGGCUGGAAGAACACCAUUCGCCACAACCUGUGCUUCAGCAGCAGCUUCUGCAAGACCCCCUACCAGCUGUGCAGAGAGGGCAAGCGGAAGUCGUGCUUGUGGCACCUCACACUGGACGGCCGACACCGACUCGGGGACGAGAUCCGCACCUUGACUGGGGAGUCCUUCCAGCAGCUGAAGGGUAGCAUGUCCCACCCAGAUGUAAUCCAUACCUUGUUCGUGCUGUGAGUAUGACGGGAAUAGAAUCCAAACCAGGUUGCCAAGUGGUGUAAGACUGCAUAUGAAACUUGUAAUGGCCAAAAGGUUAUUCUGAAUAAAUAACCAUAUAUGUUGAA